AUGAUUUUCUCCAGAUUAACUUCACUAGGCUUUCCUAGAUAUCGGCUUCUGGCUUCUCAAGCCACAGUGAAAUCUUCAUCUAAGAAUGGAGGUAUAGUCAAAUGGCUAUGGAUUUCAUCCAUAUCAAUUUUUACGAUUUGUUGUGUGUUACAGAAUCCUGAUCUUUACGUUCCUAUUUAUGAUAAAGUUCCACGGGAUGAUUUUUAUUUCAAUAAACAUUAUUUUGCAGCAGUGAAGUCGAACCGCAUGCAUAUUGUUCCUCCUGUCCGAAUGCAUCACGAUGGAGUUCUAGAAUUCCCGUAUGAAGAUGAGGAAAACUAUGAAAAUCCUUGUAAAAAAUAA